AUGCCCUUCCGGCGACGAAGCAGCCACCACCACAACCGGCUGUCCGUAGAUCUGAGCGCACUCCACCUCGGCCACGGUCACCGGCAUAAGCCAAGCGACGGCGGCGCGUCGCCCACCAACUCGACCAUGACGGUGGGCACACAAGCAACCGGCCCGCCGAGCGGCGUGGCCACGAGCCCGCCCUCGCGGGGGCGCUCGCCAGACCCGAAACACAAAUCUCACCACAGUCUAUCCCACCUCGCAUCGCUGUUCGCAACCAGCAAAGAACACCUCCCCCACCUCCGCGGCACCCCACAGACAGAAAGCGACGUGCGGCACAUGCUGCCAGACACGUUCAGCACCUCGGACAGUGGCGAGAGCAGGAAGCUCGGAAGCGACGACCCGCACGGGGGCGCGAAGCGGUGGUCGCGCAUGUCGACGCACAGCGAGAUAUCGAGCCGCGGAAGCUCGAGCAGAGUCCGCUUUGAUGCCGAGUCGACAGCAGGGACCGACAAGGUGGCGGCGGGAGACAAGGCGAAGCCAGCCGAAGAAGCGACAGCAAAGGUGCCGCCAUACGUCAUCCCCUUGGUGGCCAUCAUCCUCGUCCUCUUGCCGGGCAACCCAAUCUUCCACCACCUCCUCACGGCAACGGCCGCGUCUGCGACGCUCGGGCUCGCCCCAGAGCUGCCAAGCACGUUCGAGCACGACUUCUACGCGAUCCAGCGCAGCUUCCGCUCCGUGGUCGAGUGCCUCGCGUUCGUGUUUGCGCUGUGGCAGGUACAGCGCGCCGUCGGCCCCGCGACGAGCGACAGGCCGUACGCUGUCCCGGUGCUCUGGGCGCACGGGCUCGUCGACACGCUCGUGUGGUUCUUCAUCGGCGUGGGCGGCCUCAAGGCCAUCGGUGUCCUCGUGACCCUGCUGCACCUCGUCGCGUCGUUCACAGGCGUCAUGACGCACUGGGCGCUCGUGCAUGUCUCGAACUUGGUGUACGUCGUCGCGUUCAUCGCUGCCUGGAUCAGCUGGAUGCGCGAGCCUCUCGGGGUCGCAUACAAGGGCGGCUCGCCCAGGUUCUUUAUCCACUGCGUCUUGGCAGGCCUCGGGUCGGUCUGUGUAGUCAAGUACCUCCUUGUGCCGUGGGCAGCAGCGCAGUAA